CGGCGACCAAGCCCACCCCUUGUGCAUCAUCCCAGCAGCGUCUGUCCAGUUGCUUCCCCGGCUCUCUCCAUGAAUACCAAUGGAUUCCCCGUGCUCAAUCAUCACUCUUCCGCCAGAAGUGCUCAUGGUCGUGGUCCGCUUCCUGGGCUUGCCGCGCGAUAGUGCUGCCGGAAAAAGAACCCAGUUGGACCUUUACCAUGCCUGCUUGGUCUCGAGGCGCUGGUACAAGGUCGCCAACCCUGCAUUGUGGUCCCGUAUUGCCCUCACCACCUCCAACGCCGCCUCCAUUGGGCGGUUUCUCACCAUUACUCCGGCGAUUGCCAGCAUGCAGACCGGAUGGGGCUCGACUACAUUCCACCAAAGCCCGCUCAACUUCAUCACCACCUUGCAGCUCACUUCGUCGGCGCUGUCGAUGCUCGAGGGCCGCCCUGACUUUUGCAACAAGUUUAUGGUUUCUCAGAUGCGCUCGCUCGCUCGCUUCCAUUCAGACCGCCUCUCGACCAGAAUCCUGGCCCUGAUAGCCAGCUGUCCCAACAUCCGAUUCAUCAGCGUCAACAAUAUCUUCAAGUCGGUCGAUUCCAACAGCUCGCACGACGAGGACGGUGACAUCCUCGCGGUAUUGCAGCCUCUGUCGCUGGCGCUGCAGCACAAGCUCGAGGGAUUCGUCCUCCAGUUCGACGACAGCAUGGGCGAUGAGGGCUGGCAAGCUCUCUCGCAGAUGGGCCAGCAUUGGGACAACCUCACCUCCCUGACCGGCCAUGGCAUCCCAGCGCACUUGAUCCCCAUCAUCCUCAAAAAGACACCUGGCCUUGAGUCGCUGCGGCUCCUGCCGGCCAGAGGCAAUGAGGUGCCCAUGAACGACCUGGUGCUUCGGUUCAUUGCUCGACACUGCCCGAGCCUUACCACCCUGCACCUCUCGUGCCGUCGCUCAAGCUGGAACGGCGUGACAAGUGUCGAUGCGUGGCAGGAGCUCAUCAUGGGGCUCAGGCGGCUUGCCCACGUCAACCUGUCGCCGUCGGACCAGUUCUUUGAAGCUGCAUCGAUGCUCAAGCGCACCGUCCCAACCAUCCAGCAGAUCCAUGCCAAGCACAUUGAACAGGACCAGGUACUCCGGUGUCUCGAGCGCGGCUUCGGCACUCUCUUUGGGCACGUUGAGCUCUUUGGAAGCGAUUUGCAGUGCAGCGCCAUCGAUACCUUUGCUCGCCACUGCCCAAACUUGACCACCCUGCAGCUGUAUCUGACCCGCACUGCAGACCACCCGAGCGCCGGUGCCGACUGGAGCGUCCUGAUCGAGCCCAAGCUCAAGGAUCUCGUUGGUGGCUGUCCAAGGCUUAAUGAGGCCCUCGUGGUCUGGGAAGAAGUAUCCCACGACGAAGAGACCGAGGAAGCCGAGCUCGUCUCUGGCUGCUGCGGGUACGGACCCUCGGGCUUUUACAGCUUCACCUUUUGAUACAUCUGCAACCGUGACUCUGCUGCUUUUGGUUGUGUGGCCACAGUUCCGUGGCUGUGGCUAUGAUCUUCCUUGUUUUGUUGUUCCUGGGAUCGCUACCCGCCCUGGUUUUGUGCACGAGCUUGGCGCAAACCAAUUGAGAGAAUGGUGAUUUUUGGCAUGGUUUUUGAAUACAAGUGCGACACUGUCGCCAGAUAGGA